GAUGCGGACACGAGUCUGCGAAUGUUUACCUGAGAAACGUACGAAUAGCAAGAGGUUCGUAAACGCUCGGUGAUUUCCGAUGGUGAGGCGUGGGGCCUUCGGGAGAUCCCGGAAAGCCGGCGGUCGAGUCAGUUAGUUCAAACGCGUCGCAAGUGUCGUGCGUUUCGUCUUUCGGGUUCGAUCGUAUCGCAACCGGUGAUACCGUGAGAGUCUGUCCUGUCGCGGUUUUCGGUCGGUCCUCCGGUUGUGGCUACGAAUUCGCGACCCGACAACAAGCGCGGAAACGAGUCGCUGAGAGUAGACGAGCCGCCUCAGUGAAACGCAAGAGCCAGGCGACGCGCAGAGCUCCGUUCCACCGCGGAGAAAAUGACGGAUGUGCAGGUGAAUCCGGGCAAGGACAUAGCUGGCAGUAGAUUGCAUCAGAACGACGACGACGACGUCGCGCAGCAAACAGUUUAAUUCUAUACGAUGUAGGCCGGAGGUCGGCAACUCUUUCGCUAUGAGGGACACGUUGAAAUGGACUAACUUGUGACAGAGGGCAGUUUACCUGGCGGCGGGGAGGGGGGAGGGUAUGGGGAACAGGCAUUUCAACGCCGAACCGAGGCGAAUACCGUGCACAGUUGAAGCAAAAUCUCCGACCAUUAAAAGUUUCUGGUAGAGUCGAACGCAGUGUAACCAUCUGGCUUUCGGGCGAGAUCGCUUGGUCCACCUGGAUCGUCGAGACACCCUAUAAAUAAUGAUUCUAUAGGAGAAUCGCAAGGACAACCAUAUCAGAUCCAAUUCGACGGUCGUUCUCCUUUCGAAUCGUUCAAUAGGUGACAAUUCGAACGAAACUGAUCGCAACGACAUGAAUCGUUGUUGAAUAUAAUCCCAGUAAAAGUGUGUAUCACCGAAAGCAAAAUAAAACGUCCACGCUUUCAAGCAUCGCAGUCGAAAGAAUGGCCGAUGGUGACAAUGCCAAGAAGCUGAAACAAUCCGAGAGCACCGCGUUCAAAGAGAUGCGGGAAAAUGCAGAGAACGACGACGACGAUGACGUCGUGAUAGACAGCAACAAAUCACCCUCGGUCGACGCUUCCAAACGCGAGGAGUUAAUCGUGUCAAAGUCCCCGGACAAGAACAAUAUCAUUCAGUCGACGAAAAAACCAGAAUCCGCCACUAUAAACGGAAAAGUGGACUUCAAAGACGUUUCGGCUAAGGAUUUGGCAAGAUAUCCGGCCAUGGAGAAAUUGUACGGAAAUAUUAACGAUCCUGCUUGGAAUCGCGUGCUCGAUAAACCUGAAACUAACACCGUCGAGUCUGUUAAAAACGAUAGCAGGUUAUUUUCACCGAAACACGAUGAAAAUACGCGGACGGAUAGCAAGUCGGAACAAUCGAUGGACAAAACGAUCGAAAGUAAGAGUGCCAGCGAUAACGCGGACUCGUUUAAAGAGUUUAAAGGGAAAACUGACUCGACGAAUGAUAAAUCGAAUAGAUUGGAUGCAUCUGCUCCGGACGAGGGAAAUUCGAGGGCGAAAUCGCCGAAUAAAGCACGGGAGGAGGAACAGAAAUUAACUGCUUCGUCGAAAAGUCCAGAGAAAUCGCAUACGUUGCUAGAGGAGAAGAAAACACCGUCGAAAUCUGCAGAGGAUUCACGCGAGACUGUGCUGGAAGAAAUGAAUCGAUCUAAAGGUGAACAGGAAUCGAAAACACUGUCGAAAUCUGCGGAUAAAUCGCGCGUGGACGAUCGAGUAGGAAAUGGUAAAAUUGAAAGUGAACAGGAAUCGAAAGUAGCACCGAAAUCACCGAACAAAUCGCGCGAGAGUUCUAUGGAAGAGACGAAUAGAUUUAACGGUGAACAGGAACCGAAAACACCGCCGAAAUCUGCCGAUAAAUCGCGCGUGGAAGCAGAAGCUCGAGUAGGAAAUACUGAAACUAAAAGUAAACAGGAAUCAAAAGUAGCAUUGAAGUCUCCGAACAAAUCGCGCGUGGAAGCAGACGAUCGAGUAGGAAAUGGUAAAAUUGAAAGUGAACAGGAAUCGAAAGUAGCACCGAAAUCACCGAACAAAUCGCGCGAAAGUCCUAUGGAAGAAACGAAUAGAUCUAACGGUGUACAGGAACCGAAAACACCGCCGAAAUCUGCGGAUAAAUCGCGCGUGGAAGCAGAAGAUCGAGUAGAAAAUACUGAAACUGAAAGUAAACAGGAAUCAAAAGUAGCAUUGAAGUCUCCGAACAAAUCGCGCGUGGAAGCAGACGAUCGAGUAGGAAAUGGUAAAAUUGAAAAUGAACAGGAAUCGAAAGUAGCAUCGAAAUCUCCGAAUAAAUCGAGCGAGGGUCCUCUGGAAGAAACGAAUAGAUCUAACGGUGUACAGGAACCGAAAACACCGCCGAAAUCUGCGGAUAAAUCGCGCGUGGAAGCAGAAGCUCGAGUAGGAAAUAGUGAAACUGAAAGUGAACAGGAAUCGAAAUCUCCGAACAAAUUACCUGCAAGUACGCUGAUAGAAACGAAUCAGGUUAUUAAACACGAAGAAUCGAAAGAUUCUACUAUAAAUGUGGCUGUUCCGGUCGAAACGAGCGAAAUGAAACAGAAAUUAAAUGCAACGUCUGUUGAUCCUGACAAAUCGAGUACCAAGGAUUUGACAGAACAGAAAUCCAAAGAUAUUCCCAAUCUUUCUGAAAGUAAUCGACCUGUGAUCGAAGAAAAGAAAGUCGGAGAAAGUCCUUCCAAGGAUGUACGUCGCGAUACACCUGCUCAAAACAACGUGGAACCAAAAACAGUUGGUACGACUGGUGAUUCGUCUAACGUUGCGAAAGAAGAUAAUUUAUCGAAGUCUCCAACACCAUCAGACAGUCAGAAGCCAUUAUCGUUAGAAAAAUCAGCGACUCCCUCCGAAUCUUCCGCCCAAAGCGUGAAAGGGUUCGACAAUGGACAGAAAAGAUCGUUAUCCACUCCUGAAACGCCCGUUUCUCCGAAGUCACCCACCGGAAGCGUGAAACUAGCGAACGAGGAGAAAAAAACUGUUGUUGAAGAUUCGAUCGACGAGACAAAGGAUGACGACAAAAAGACACACGACUUAAAAAUCCCGUUGAAAUCGUCUACGCCCAAUAUUCAAAAGUCACCCUCGGCCGCUGAGAUGGACAAAAAGUCAGAAAAGAAGUUUACAGAGACGCCAGGAAUACAAAAUGGCAACGCGAUCGACGAAUCGGUGCAGUCCAAUAUGGUAUCGGUUACGAACGGAGUCGAGGAUUCACCGACGAAACAGUCACUCUCUAAAUCAAAGGAAAUAGAUAAAAAAUCAAACGCUGGAUCGCCCGUAAAAUCGCCAAGCAAAUCUAUCAAAUCUUUACCUCGAACACCCGAAACUCCUUCAUCGACGACUGGCCAAGACAAAAAAAAAUUGCCUAUGAAUAAAGUUCAAGUGGGCUCGGCGCCCUCGCCGAAUCUAAAAACGGUACGAUCGAAAAUCGGUUCGCUGGAAAACGCGAGUUACAAGCCAGGCGGCGGAAAGGUGAAAAUAGAAAAUAGAAAGCUCGACUUCAGCAAGGCUCAGCCGAAGAUCGCGGCGAAAAAUGAGAAAUACACGCCCAGCGGCGGCGACAAGAAGAUCGCUCAAGUUAAGCUUCAGUGGAACGCAAAACCAAAAGUUGGAUCGUUGGAAAACGCGACGUACAGGCCUGGUGGGGGCGACAAGAAAAUAGAGACCGUGAAAGUUGACUUCAAAGACAAAGCGAAACCAAAAGUCGGCUCCAAAGACAACGCUAAGCAUAUUCCUGGCGGCGGUAGCGUCAAAUCAACGGCAACGCCACCUAAGACGCUACAGGAUUCAAGCAAUAACAUCCAAACACAAAAAAUUGAUAUCAAAGCCGAGAGCAAAAUUGGAUCCUUGGAUAACGUGAAGCAUAAGCCAGGCGGCGGUGAUAAAAAGAUUUUCAAUGAUAAGGAUUAUCUCCGACAGACUGGUUCGAAUGUAGAAAGCCUUAGUGGCAGUGGAUCACAGAGCCCUGUACCCCCUGGCACGAUCAUCGGUGACAAGAACGAUCUACCUACUUCGGACGAGAACCUCAAUCAAGAAUGCUAGAUCAUGAGAACUCGACCGCUAGACCCGCUUUUCGUAUCAUUGGCGUCUAAUUAAUCACUCAUAUUUUUUUAUCCCGAUGGUUGCAAUCGAAGGGGCAGCGUUGACCCGUUUGAGCCGUCAGAAACGAUAUCCGCACGAGGAUGAGCUAACGAUGAAAUUAAUUGAAUCAUAAUGCUACGUAACGAACCUAAACCAGUUUAUAGGUAUAGGUAAAUCGGUUUCAUUUGAUAUCCUUAUUAUAUUAUAAUAAAGACGACUGCAAGAAUUUUUCUGUGCCAUACGAACGCAUUUUUUCCCCUGCAAAAUUGUAAUUCCAAUCGUGAACAGAAUCUUGCGAGAGGCUAGGACGCUUCCUUCCUUCCGCGUGUGCGACAAAAAGACUCGUCCUGAUUUUACAGUCGCGUCUCGACGAACGACUUUGUUUUAUUUAUGCAAUUAUUCGCGAAGUACGUACUCGUUGCAGCGUCGUUGGUUGUUUCGUUUUAUAAUAAAUACUUUGUGCAGAUCGAUCGAAAAGGAUCGAUCGACGUACGGGAGGAGAAACGUAGAACUGACGGAAACGGUUAUUAAGAAAAUAUUGUUAGUACGAAAGGAGAGAGUUCGCGAUACUUUUUCAGAUUGAAAAAAUGACGACUUUACGUACAAACUAAGAAAAAUAGUAUCCAUCUCAUUGUAUCCUUCGCGGCACAAGUAUUCGUCACGAUAAAAACAGUUUACCAGAUUGUAUAUAAGAUUUUUCAAGUUUUUGUAAUGGCAUUGUUUUGUCGAUAACAUAAGCGAUUGCGCAACGAACACGAAACUUUUUUUAAUUGCAUUUUGAAGAUCCCGCUCGCGGGAAUAUCGACGCGACACACGGUUUUCAUGGUACCGGUUGCAAAUGACUCCGAUGGCAUUUUUUUUCCAAUCUGAAACGGAAUCGCGGUAACGUGAUACGCUUAGGUUAUAAGAAGUAAAAUUCUCAUUUCUCGUGACUGCCUAGAAACGAUCGCAAACCAACAAGGUAAAUACGAACGCGUAUGUAUGCAACGUGCGAAUCAUAUAGCGACGGAUUUCAAUGUUCUGAUCGAUUAGUAACGUGACUCGUAACUCGAGGGUAGGCGUAUUUUUGUUAAACCUACUUCUAAAUUCCAAUAGAUGCCAACAAAGCUUCGAUGUGUUGUAAUGGAAAUGAAAUACGAUGCCAAUUAACAAGUAAUUUUAACAGUAGUAGAAACCGAUGUAACUAUUUAAAUUGUUUCGGCUGAACUCAGAUUCAGCUUUCUCAACGGUGCAUUUAUAAACACUGUACAUAAUAAUAAUUUUUUCACGUUUAAAGGAAAAGUCAUCAACGUCGAUUAUGCGCAUUUUUUCUUUCUUAACAGGAUUGUAAUUGUGCCGUGAAACGUCAAAAUUCUUUGCAUCGAUUUUUAAUAAUUCGUCUUUGACCAUUUCCAUCGAUUCUGCUGGGUUACACCACUGCAAUAACGCUAUUAAACGUUCCAAUAAUGUAACAAUUGCAAACUUGUUAAAAAAUGGACGUAGUCGACAUUGUCGAUUUUUUCCUUCGACGGAAAAUAAUUAUUGAGAAUUAUUAUCUGCGAAAUUUAUAUUACUGAAGAACGAAAGAAAUGCAAAAAGCUGUAGCAGGACACGAGUAACUUAUAAUAUAAAAAAUAUAAUAAUUUAUUAUCCGAAUAAAGAAUCUUAAAGCUUCAAUUAACUGUUCGAGGUAACAAUUCUAAGUCAAACUUAAGAAAGAACAUUACAGAUUUACCGAUUCAUGUAAAGAGUACAAUAUAUAAAUGAAUGGUUAAAGCAAAAUAAAAGAAAAUUUAAUAAUAUUCGUAGAUAAGUGGUGAAUUAUGGGGAUUAUGUUGUAACGCUAGAAAAUCGGUCAACGUUUAAACAAUGUAAACGCAAUGGUGUUCGUUAGUCCGUAUUAAAGGUUUAAUUAAACUCGCCUAUUUCCGGGUUAAAGCCAGAUACUUCAUAUUUAUGAUAUUUAAGCAAUAAAGGUGACACGUACUAUGGUGAUGCACAAAUUUUUCAACUGUAAUUGUACAGAUUUUGCUCUUGCCAAUUUGAAUAUUUUCUAAUCUUUAGCUACACGAGCGAGCAUGCAAAUAAUAUUAAUUAUAUUUUUCGUUGUUCAAUACAUUCAUUAAAUCAACUUUAGUCGAGUUAAGUACGAUAUCUUACAAAUUGGCUCGUAUAUAUGUAGCGUUUUUUUUGAAAACCAAAAAUAUAUUCAAGUCACGUUCGAAUUUAUUGCUAAUUUUUUCGAGUAAAAUUAAUAUGAUGCGCAUUAAAAGGAACAUAAGGGUUAACUAAAAAUUGGUGUUAUCCGGGUACAAUAAUGAAAAUGUUUUUAACAGAUCGUUAUAUGUAUAACGUUGAGUGUUGAUUUACACCAAAAUAUCAAGUUAUGAAGGACUAAUAUUUUAAUUAUAUUAAAUUUAGUAUACCUCUCAGAGUUAUUAUGUACUUUUUCUAGUGUUAUAAACAGUAUGGAAGCUAAGAAAAUAUCAUGUUUAACCAUAAUAUUGUGUUUUGGUGCAAAACGUUACGUAAAACGCAAGCGAUGGAUUAAAGAAUGAAUUAAAAG